CCAGGGCCAUGAGCUGAUUAUGAAAAAUACUGUUAUUUUUUCCACAGGUCGUCCGUAUCGCUAUUUUUAUGCCAUCAGUUCAGAUGUUGAUGCGGAAUACCCUGGUGCGGUGAUCAAGGUGGACACGUGGACGGGCGCCACGCUGACGUGGAGCAGCGCCGACUGCUACCCCAGCGAGCCCGUGUUCGUGCCCGCGCCCGACGCCAAG